AGGCUCCCGAAUCGAACCCACUAUCGUCUAUCACCGCUCGCCUCACAUCUAAGAGGUCUUGCUACGUCCACACGACGAUCCAACGACAAGAAACGAAGGAAACCCAACACUGCGAACGUACGUUGUAUCUGUGACUUUGACUAGUCAUGGCGACCCCGUUGCAGUUUGCCUAUCGAACCCAGAAGGAAAUCGGCAUCACCGACGCUGCCCCCGUCUACACGCCCGUCUCUGGGUUUGUCAAGCCCGAGGGGAAUUUGAGGUGUUGCGUGUAUUCGCCCUGCGGUCGGUUCUUCGCUUGGGCAACCAACGAACGUGUCUGCGUUGUAGAUGCUUCUGCUGGCCAUAUUCUCACCACCCUCAUCGUUGCCAAUGUUUACGAAGUCGCAUUUUCUCCCCGCGGCACGUAUCUAAGCACUUGGGAACGGCCCGCGAAAGAUGAGAAUGGGGAUGCUACAAAGAACUUGAAGAUCUGGCGCGUUGCCGAUGAAACUACGGACGGCAGCGAUAAGCAGCCGAUGGGACGCUUCGUUCAGAAGUCACAAACUGGAUGGAACCUCCAAUACACUUCUGACGAGAAGUUCUGUGCCCGUCUAGUGACGAAUGAAGUUCAAUUCUACAGUAGCGACGAUUUGACAACUGUCUGGAACAAACUGCGGGCCGAAGGAGUAACAGACUUUGCUAUUGCCCCCGGACAGAGCUACAACGUUGCUGUUUUCAUUCCCGAACGAAAGGGUCAACCAGCUGCAGUCAAAGUUUUCAACGUCCCACAAUUUAAUGCGCCGAUAUCCCAGAAAACUUUCUUCAAGGGUGAUAAGGUGCAACUGAAGUGGAACAGCCUGGGCACGAGUCUGAUUGUGCUGGCACAAACAGACGUGGAUAAAUCGAACAAGAGUUACUAUGGCGAGACAACACUCUACCUGCUCAGUGCGAAUGGUUCUCUUGAUGCUCGCAUCACUCUUGACAAGGAGGGGCCCAUCCACGAUGUGUCUUGGUCACCGAAUGGAAAGGAGUUUGGAGUCAUUUACGGUUAUAUGCCUGCAAAGACUACCAUCUUUAACCAUCGGGCCGUCGCCACCCACUCGUUCCCCCUCGGGCCUCGCAACACCAUCAUUUUCUCUCCCACCGGUCGGUUCGCCCUCGUUGCUGGUUUCGGUAACUUGGCUGGUCAGAUCGAUGUGUAUGACUUGGAGAAGGAUUUUAAGAAGAUUUGCACCAUUGAAAGUGGUAAUCCUAGCGUUUGUCAGUGGAGCCCUGACAGCCGUUACAUCAUGACUGCGACAACAUCUCCCCGCUUGCGCGUUGACAAUGGCGUGAAGCUGUGGCACGUUGGCGGCGGGAUCAUGUAUCAUGAGGACAUGGUUGAGCUGUAUAAUGUAUCGUGGAGACCAUGCCCGCCUGAAAACUUGCCUCGUGGCGACCCCUUGAACCCGGUUCCCACCCCACACGCCUCUGGUCUAGCAUACUUGGGCACAGUCAAGACGCCAUCCAAGCCAGUUGGCGCGUAUCGGCCUCCUGGUGCCCGAGGCAUGUCCACGCCUCUUCAUUUCCGACGUGAAGAUGAGGGCGGUGCGGCUCACGUAAUGAGCAACGGCAACCCUAACAUCGGGCCAAACGGAUUUGGGAGGGCGCGUCGUCAGGUCCCCGGCGCAGACUUGACCGACCAAACUUCGCGCAUCGUUCCCGGUGCUGCGUCGACGCAAGUACCUGGAGCCGCAGGUGAUGAAGGUCUGUCCAAGACCGCGUUGAAGAAUAAGAAGAAACGGAAUAACAAGAAGACUAAGGAAGGUGAUGGUCCAACGGGAACCGGUGGCUUGGCACCUCCCACUCAGGAGCAUGGUCUUAGCUCUGGAAAUGAGGGACGGAGCCCUGAGCGUCGUGGUAACCAGCAGAACCACCAGAGGCAUCACCGAAGUCGAUCGCGACACAACGCUCAUGGGGGUAACAACCCCGGGCGCAAUCGCAGCAAUACCCAACAAAACGGCCAGCAUGCUGGAGCUCCGCACCCGGUGAAUACAGCGCAGGCGCCAAACGCGGACUCUCUACUGUCUCCUGGCAGUCAAAACCCCGCCUCAAAGAAGCUACGAGGCCUCCAGAAGAAGAUUCGUGCGAUCGAGGAUCUUGAGAUGCGUCUCGCUGGCGGCGAAAAGUUGGAAGAUACGCAAAUGAAGAAAAUCGCGACGAAAGCUGCGGUUCUCAAGGAGCUCGCGGACAUAGAUAAGGAGCCUCACGCAGCCUAAGCUGCAAGCUGAGACGGGUGCUGUUGAUGUGGAGAUGCAAUAUCUUAGAUUAUGUUGGACACCACCAGGUUACUAGCAUAGCUACCUAGUAGAGCCAUUAAUCUAAGAGAGCCAGAUAUUUCGAAAAGAUUAUACUGUCAUUGUAGUUUUACACACCUCCACAUAAAUAAGCUCGUACCUCGUCAAUGCUAAACUUACUGAAAAUCUAGCCCCAAGCUCCUCACAUAUUUCUUCUU